AAACGAAAUUCCCGGAUCCUAACCCGAGCCGACCCACUUUAGUCCUCGCUGUGGAGUGAGUGUUUCAAGUGAAAAAGAGUGGGUACAGUCCGAUUGAAAAAACAAAGAAGAGCGGAGAAAUUGCAUCGAAAUGCGUGCACUUGUAGCUCAGAUCACCUCUCAUUUGUGCAGAAGAAAAGCAGGCAAUCUCCAACCCCGCAAUUUCUGCUCUUCGUCUUUCGAUGAGCGAGCAAUGGAGGAGGAGGCUGAAAGGAAAAUAGGAUGGUUUUUGAAAUUACUGUUUGCUGGUACUGCGACACUUGUUGGUUACCAGUUCCUUCCCUACUUAGGAGAUAAUAUAAUGCAGCAAUCUGUGUCACUCUUACAGGUGAAGGAUCCUUUAUUUAAAAGGAUGGGAGCAUCUAGACUAGCUCGUUUUGCAACCGAUGAUGAAAGAAGAAUGAAAAUUGUGGAGAUGGGAGGGGCUCAAGAGCUUGUAAAUAUGUUAGGGGUUGCUAAAGAUGACAGUACACGGAAAGAAGCUUUAAAAGCUUUACUUGCACUCUCGCAUUCAGAUGAAGCUGUUGGUGCUCUACACAAUGCUGGGGCCAUAUCUGUGAUCAGGGCAACUCCAAAUGUUGUAGAGGAUUCCGAAGUUGAGAAACACAAGUUUGAUUUGCUGAAGAGGUUCCAAGACCUAAAAUAUGAUAGUUCCUCUUAAGAUUGGCAGUUUGUUAUCUUCUUAGAAAUAUGCUCAGUAAUACAAAAGUUAGUCCUGCGGGUCAUAGAGGAUGUUCGAAGAUUGGACGAUAGGAUGUCAUAUCUCCUUGGUUCACAUUCUAUAAUGGUUUGAGAUCAAAUCGUGUUUCACCAGUACAUUCAAAUAUAUACUUGCAGCCUGACAACAAGUAUCUUGUAGUUUAUGCAUAUACUUUAACCUUGGGUGUAAUAAAAUCUUCGAGUCAUUAAAAGUAUGUCAGCAGGUGCUAUUUGGGACUUUGAGUCGAGCUUCAAAGUUUCCUGUUUUUUA